UUUUUACUCCCUCGGACGAGUGUUACUGUGCGUGAAAUAAUAAUAAGGGCUCUCUAACCUCAAAGAUCUGUCAAACCCGGACAGCAGACGCCUGAGCUAUCAUGGAGGAUUUUCUCGUCACAUCGAGGCACACACUGUGAACGAUUCCUGGUGCGGAUUUUUUUUUUAUUUACAGAAAAAUCUGGAAAAAUAUGAAAAAAUUCGAGUGAUUCUUGGAAACGAAAGCUGCGAUUUAGACUCGGCCGUUAGCUCUCUGGUCCUCGGAUUAUUCCACUACUCUAUGCUUGAAAAAGCAGAUACAAAGAACGUUGGAGUGAUACCACUGCUGAAUAUUCCUAAACGAGAAUUUAAAAUUAAAACCGAAGUAGUUUUUCACUUACGGCAUCACGGCAUUCAACUGGAACAUUUGAGCUUUAGAGAUGAAAUAGAGCUAAAGAAUUUGUCGAACGAGAAAAAAUUGGAACUCUGCCUGGUGGAUCAUCAUACGCUGAACGAGCACAACGCGUCAUUGGCAGACUCAGUGGUCCAAGUAAUCGAUCACAGACCCCAAGACCCGAAUUGGUUGUGGACAGGCAGAGAUAUUAAUUUGGAAAAGGUCGGCAGUUGUGCGACACUCGUUGCUAGGAGAAUAUUUCAGGAAAAAUCGGACAUUCUCGAUUCCCAAAUCUCGAAUUUAUUGCAAGGUCCGAUCCUUGUAGACACAUGUAAUUUCUCAGCCGAGGCGGGUCGUGCAACGCCCCUCGAUAUUGAAAUAAUGGAAAAAUUGGAGUCACUGAACCGGCAAAAAGCGACGACAACUCGUGAUGAAAUUCACUCAUCAAUACUUGAUGCAAAAACUGACAUCAGCUCCCUAUCGCUCGAGGAUCUACUCAUAAAAGAUUUGAAAUACGUAAAUGGAAUACCAAUACCCGGAUUUCCUAUUCUCGUCGAGGAAUUCUUGAAUUUAAAUCGCGCCCUGGAUGCCGUGAAUUCGUUUACAAGCGAAAGGGAAUGCAGAAUCACGAUUCUACUUGGGAUGGAUUUUAAGAGGGACGUGGUGAAGCGAGACCUCGCUGUCUUUUCCUUCUUGCCCAAUGAGCUGGAAAAUAGAAUACGAUCAGCUUUGGAGCAGUCAGAUCUCGACCUGGAGAAGGCCAGUAUAAAAUUGAAAGGAAAUUGGUGCCUGAGGCUCUACAAACAGGGUAACGUGCGGGCAACUCGCAAGCAAAUACUCCCGAUUAUACAAAGCGCAACGGCCCGUCGCCAGUGUUGACCAUACACGAGGUCUCCCUAUAACCCUUUGCCUUCCCCUCUCCACAGGCAUCAACAGUGAUACAGAACCUCCUCCCCUCGUACUUUCAGCGAUUCAACCAUCCAGCAGACCAACUACAUUGUACAAACCCCAGUCUAAACAUCGGACAUUGUGUUAAAUUAAUUAAGAGGGCUUCUUAUCUAAUUACAUCCUGCUCACUUCUCCCUUCUUCCUGCGUUAUCAUUCAGACUUCAUUAAAAUAUGCUUCAAGUGGAUUUUGCUAACUUCCUCAUUCUGCUGUUCACCAUUCUACGAUUAGAGGGAAUGAGUGAAUGAAGAUCAUCCAGAAUUCAUGACAAAUGGGUAUUGCAGGAAACUAGGGGUUCUAGAGUAAUUGUAUGACUUUCUAAUUAUUUAAUAAAUUGCAAAAUUCGACAUUUGAGUGAAGAAGAAAUUAUUUUGGUUAAGUGUCACAAAGAUUUAUCUAUGGAAGAAUAUAUUCUGAUGUUUAUAAUUAUUUAAUUCAUUAUACGAUGGUGACGUGAAAAGGUAAUUAAGUCUUCUAUAUUUAUUUAAUUUUCGUUUAUGGAAUAAAUAAAUUAUAUUACCUCAA